AUGGCAGGAAUAAUCUCAAAGAGAAUGCUCUGCCCCAACCAUAUAAUAACAUGGGUUAUCUCUGUUCCAUUCCAGCUUUUUAUUGAUGGGUUUGGAUUAUACUGCAACAUGUACAGAAACAUUACAGACUUCUAUCUAAUUUCCACCAGACUUCCUGCCUCUGAGAGAAGAAGGAGGAACAAUGUCUACACCAUCUCAUUUGGGCUGCACACAACAAACUUCUCUGAUUUGAUUGGUGCACUUGCACUGGGAUUUCAAUCUCUUGACAAAGAUAUUGAUGUUGAAAUUGCUGGUGAAGGAACUGUCAGAAUAAUUGCUUCCUGCCUUGCUUUUUUGAGUGACAUGCCACAGCAGAACAACAAUGCAGUAAUUAAAAGACUCUCAGCCACCCAAUCAUGUUGGAGUUGCACUGUCACUGAACAUCAGAGACACAAUAUGUCAUUUGACACAGUGGCCAACAGUCAAUAUCACUACCAGCAACUUCAUAUACAGAACUGGGUUAAUGCAGCACCCACUACUGCCAUGAGAGACAAGCUGUGGAAGAAGCAUGGAAUGGCAAAGGACCAGUCUCCAAUAUUUGGAAUCUGCCCAUGUCUGAAUUUGGUGACCUUCUUCCCCUCAGAUCCCUGUCAUAGUGAACUAAGUGGUAUUUUCAAAAUGGUGCAUUCACUGUUAAUAACAUAUAUUCUCACAGCAAACAGCCAGAAGGAAUACUGUCAGAUAUUACAGUGGUUCUCAUUUGCAAGACAGGGCAGCUGA